AUGGAAGCCAUCGCCAAGUUUGAUUUCAGUGCUUCCGGAGAGGAUGAGUUGAGCUUCCAGGCUGGGGAUAUGCUGAAGGUUUUGAGCUCCCAGGAAGAGUGGUACAAGGCUGAGCUCAGAAGUCAAGAGGGCUACGUUCCUAAGAACUUCAUUGAUUUUCACGUUCCCCCCUGGUUUGAUGAGAGGAUAUCCCGCCACGAAGCCGAGAACAUCCUCAUGAGCAAAGGAGUUGGCUCCUUCAUCGUCCGAGCCAGUCAGAACUCUCAUGGUGACUUCUCCAUCUCUGUCAGGCAUGAAGAUGAUGUGCAACACUUCAAAGUGAUGAGGGAUUCAAAGGGUAACUAUUACUUGUGGACAGAGAAAUUCCACUCGCUAAACAAGCUGGUGGACUACUACAAGACAAAUUCCAUCUCCAGGCAGAAGCAGAUCUUCCUGAGGGACAACAGCCGAGAAGAGAAGGAGAGGCAUAGUGGGAGCCUGGAACGGAUGGGCUGGGAAGGAUUCCACCUGGGUGGAGCAGCUGGAGAAGAUCAUUCUUCUAUAGCCAAGAGAUAUGUAGAGCAUCCUAUCCCCAUACUGCAGCAGCAACAGGAUAGGUAUGGUGGGAGUCUGGACAGGAAAGAUGGGCUGCAUGGACUAAGGGAUCACGGCCAAGGAAAUGCAGCAGCUAUGCAACGGAGACACACAGACCCACUGCACCAGCAGACACCGAGAACGCUAUGGGUCCGUGCCUUGUAUGACUUUGAUGCUGUGGAGCAUGACGAACUGGGCUUCCGCAGUGGAGACAUCUUAGAGGUCCUGGACAGCUCCAACCCAUCAUGGUGGAAAGGACGUCUGCGUGGGGAACUGGGUCUCUUCCCUGCCAACUACGUCACACCAGUGCCCCUGUUUUAAUUGUAACACAAUCCUUGCUAAUAUUGUGGUGCUUCACUUAUACCUGUGCUGUGAAAACCUCAGAUUCUAUUGCCCGUGCAAGAGGCAUGUGUUAGCACCAUAGGACAGGAGACUUAAGAUGACUGUGGUGCACGGAGUUUACCUGACAUUUGUCAAUGAUUUGUAAAGAACUAACCCUCCGUAACAGAUCCUGAGAGAGUCCACUGUGAAACCAAAAUGGGAAGGAAUAAAGAGGAACCCAGAGAAGUACUUUGUUUGGUAUUUUUCUUAAGUAAGAAAGACAGUUCAUGAGAAAAGAGAUUGUAAACAGCGAUAAAAGUAGGAAAAGUAUGUGGAAA